AUGGAGGUGUUGUCGAAGCAGGAGCGGGCGGCCCAAAGCAAGGCCGACGCUUUCAAGAGUGACCAGGAGGGGGACAAUGCGACAGCCUCUGGCCACACCUGCGGCCUCUGCGGACGGAGCUUCCCUCUCCUUAGUUCGCUGUCCCAGCACAUGCGCAGGCACACUGGAGAGAAGCCGUACAAGUGUCCUUACUGCGAACACCGGGCGGCCCAGAAGGGCAGCCUGAAAGUCCACAUCCGCAGCCACAAGCUGGGCCUGUUCAGCCGAAGCCUGGGCAAGAAAGAAGAAGAGGGCAAGAAAAGGGAGGGGGAAGUGGAGGAGGAGGAUGUGGAGCAAGGACAAACACAGAGAGAACCCCAGCAACUGGUUAGUCCCGACAACAACCUUGCCAAAGGCACCUCGGCCAAGAAGCACAAAGUCAAUGGCAAGACAAAAAAGAAAAGCUCCAAGAAGAAAAAUGAUGACGUAGUCAUCCAGGAUGGCGGCAAGGAGGACAAGUCACAAACCACGGCUGAGGGCAACUCAUUUCCGGGAGGGACCAACUGGGUGGACGAAGGGGACGAGGAGGCCAGUGCUGGCUCCUUCCCCUGCGGGUCUUGCAGCCAAGUCUUCCCCCAGGCCCUGCUCCUCAAGGCCCACAUGAAGAAGCAUCGCGGCUCCCUAGACCAUGGCUGCCGCAUCUGCGGCCGGCGCUUCCGCCAGGCCUGGUUCCUCCAGAGCCACAUGCGGAUUCAUCGGGCCAAAAGCCAGCUGCGGAGUGGGGGUGGAGACAGCGGCGAGUCCCCAACCACCCUCAACGGGGUCCCUCGGGAGCCGGCGUCCCUGGUGAACGAUGACUGUCUCUACGAGCUGUGUGCCGGCUGCGGCAACUUCUUUUACGACCGCAAGACCCUCCGGCUGCAUGAGAGGGUCCACAAGCAGAGCCAUACCCCCAACAAGCCGCUGCAGCAAGACCCCGACAACGGCUCGUCAUCACCCGCCGCCAAGAGUCGCUUCCUGGAAUGCCUUAACCUCAGGGCAGCUGGGGCUGGAGAGGCAGCUAUGGAGGGGAGUCUUGGUAGACGGAUCCCCGAGCUGGACCCGGUAUGCAGUUACCAGGCCUGGCAGUUGGUCACCCGGGGGCAUGUGGUUGAGGUGAUAGAUAAAAGUCUAGGCUGGGAGGAGAGGCUGGCGGAUGCCGACGUGGCGUUUGACCAGGAGAAGGGCGAGUUUGUGCCGCUGAAACAGGAGAAGCGGAAGAGGCAGCUGGACUCCUCCCAAAGCAAGAAGAAGAAAGGAUCCCAGGAUGUUGUCGUUAAUGGUGGCUGCGGUGGGAUCUCCCACCAGCAGGGUGACAGUAGAAAUAGCCGCACCUUGUUGAAUGGGCUCAGCCCAGAGACAUUUGGAAUAUUGCAGAAAAAGGUGAAAUAUGGUCAUCAAUCCAGCAAGCAAGCCACCAAAUCAAACUCUUCCAGUCAGCCCAGCACACCAAGACAAGAAAAUUCUCUGUCUGCCUCUUCCAUAAAGAGGAAUAAUAUCAGGGACCCAACCUAUGAAGAUACCAAGCCAUACUUCUGUGAGCACUGUGACUUCCACACCAGCGACCCCUCUUGUCUCACGUUCCACAUGCACAAGCUGCACAAGCACAUCAGGGAUGCACGUCAUCACAUACUGGAAGCUGUUAUGGAAGAACCGAGCCACGGCACUCCCAAAGUCUCAGGUUACAUGGAAUAUCUCCGGCUGAAGAGCACACUGCUCAGCCAGCCCUACUGGAAUCCUCCUGGCCAGGAGAGGGCGGCAUCGAGCAGGCAGUCUGAAAAGUCGAGGAGCCUAAAGGUCAAAGGGCAAUCAUCUCAGGAUGCUAUCAUCAAUGCCAGCCUUCUCAACCUGUCUGCCCCGCCCGAGGGCCAGCAGGAGGAUAGUGGUGCAAACCCUGUGGCAGCGCUGUCUGAGGGUAAGCUAGUCAGACACCAGUGUCCGUUCUGCACCCACACCACUCAUUACCUGGAGGUGCUGUGGAUCCACCAGCGUGUGGCCCACAGGGUGGAUAGUAGCAGCUCCCUGGCCCCCAAGUGGGCCCCCUACGUCACCUGUUUCAAGGGCUCCAAGGCUGCUGGACGACGCACGGGGCCCCCACCUUUCCUGGAAGGAAAAGACUGCCCAGUGCUCCCAGUGCCCCGGUCCCAGCGCACCAAAGCCCCAGGUUCCACUGCCAUGCAACCUUCAGGUGGAGGCACCAAGAGGCCAAAGACUCACACAAGCACUACAACUACUACUGCCCAGUCCAACACCAGCCAGGCCAUGGUGUCAGGGUCGCGUACAAGGUCACCCCCUGGUGGUGGGAAGUCGCUCCUACCUCAAAAGAAGAAGUCGUCAAGCCUCCCAAACCAUACGGGGGUGGUGGCAAAUAAGAGUGCCCGAUCUAAAACAGAAGCCCACCCUAAAGUUCCUGCCGCCACCGCCACUGCCGCCUCAACCAGCAUCCGAGGCUUCUCCCAGCAUUCGACAAGCAGAUCCAAAUCUGGAAGCCAUCAUCGGGAGGCUGCUGAGGGAAGCCUGCUUCCGCAAGAGGGCCUCGGCUUUAUUCUCGCCAGGAACCAUGGCAGGGCCGACCACACAUCCCAUCUUACCCCAGACAGAACUUACCUACACCCCCAGCCCCGUCCACAACCACACAGCCAUCCACAGGAUCCCCCUGCAGCCCUGAAAGGUCAAGACCUUUGGUCAGUCACAAACAUGUGUGGGGCGCAGGGCAGCAGUGGGCACCUGGCACCCACCACUGUCUUCGUCCACGGGAAGAGGGAGUCAACUGUUGGGGACAGCAGAGACACCCCGAUGGACAUGGACAUCCUGGGUCUGUUGAAGAACUACAACCCCCACGACCUGGCAGCUCUCUACCAGCACUGGGGCUUUGUAGAUCCCAGGCUUGACCAACAAGCGAUGCUGCAGUACAAUGGACAUUUUGGAAAUGAAGUCCAUUCCUCCACGGAGGCCUCCAAACAAGUGAGCGGCCGCUCCUCUGCUUCCACAACCUCUCUUAGGAAGGGGACAUGA